GAGCAAUGUCGGAUACGGCAUCUGAAAUGUGAUCGCAAGAAACCCAAAUGUUCGCGCUGUCUCAAAGACGAUGUCGAGUGCGUGAGCCAGGCUGGCCUGCCUGGGCCGCCGAAGAAGAAGGCAAGGCUUAUCAAUCCAUCGAAACAUCAGCCAAAGUUCCCCCACAAUCAACCUUGGUUCAGGAUUGGGAAAGAGCUAAGAUUUGUUCACGAGAACGAAUCGACCAUUUUCGGCAACGGCCAAGUACUAAACCUCGAGGAUGAUUCAGGAGAGCCGACAGCAGAAGUGUUCGAGUCCAACCACUCAUCACAUAUCCGCGGUACAGCUAUUGAGGUAAACAAUCAGAGCGCCAGCCUUACCUCAAUCCCUGCGGCGCAAUUAGAUUCUGCUAGGAAUCUUGGUCAACCCGAGNCAUCAAUUCGUUUUAGGACACUUGUCGAAGCAGCUGCCGGGUGCAGAGCAGAGAUUCCAUGUAGCGAUCCGACGGAACCAACAACGGAAGCUAUAACAGACACGACUCUCACGAACUCGACGACUGGGAUAUCACCUGCGUUGGAGUUUGCACUCAAUGGUAGAGACUCACCUGCCCAGCCCUUCCCACACCUACAUCAGCUGUCCAACCCGAAUGAUGCUUUCUCACCGCCCAGCUUCCAAAAUCUUGAAUCUCCUCAAACGCUAUCAACAGGCCUUGUCACAACAGAAGCAGCGUUGCCUUCAUCUACUACGCCUACACUAUCUCCACACGAAGCUAGACUAAUGCAACAUUUUAUCGAGCACCUAGCCCCGAGUAUCGAUGUAGUAUGUUCGUCACAGAUAUUUGGUCGACUAGUCCCACGCAUGGCAUUCCAAUCGCCUAUCUUAUUGACAUCGAUCUUCGCCGUUGCCUCCAAACAUAUAUCUAAGACAAAGGGAGUUACAUAUCCGACACCAGAGACCUACUUCCAGGAAACAUUGGACCACUUGAUACCAGUAUUGAAUGAGCCUGACGCGCUAGUUGAAGACUAUAUACUAGCUGCUGUAGUGAUUCUCAGAGUAAUGGAGGAAAUGGAUACGAUACACGCACUUAUCAGCGCGCAGGAGAGGAUAGCUACACGCGGUGGUCUACGGCAAGCUGCGUGGUGGGUCGGUUUUCGUCAAGAGAUGGUUGUGGCCUUUAUCAAUCAGAGACCGAUAGUGCCUGUUCUGGAACAUUGCAACCUCGAUCGUUCGUUCUCGACAGCCGAUGAUGAUACAUGGACGAACAGAAUCAUUGUCCACUGUGCAGAUGUCAUUAAUCACUGUUUCAAAACCGGUUCGCUUGACCAAACGAAGUAUCAAGCACUUCGCGACUACGGAGAAGCGUGGAUGGCUCAUAAACCUCAAUCGUUUCAUCCCAUUUUCCAGUGCCAACCAUCUGGCGAGAACGGAGAUUUGUUCAAGAAGACUUGGUAUGCUGGCGAUACGACUGCANAAGGCAUUCAGCAUUACCAUCUUUCAAAAAUCCUUCUUGUCGCUCAUGACCCAAACAUACCUCGACUGGGCUUACAGAGGAAGCAUUUCGAGCAGACUGUUGAUGUGCGUUUUGAUAAGAGCCUGGCGGAUUUGAUGAUUGCUAACUAUGAGACAGNNGACCAACUAAGAUUCCAUGCAAGAACUCUUUGCGGUAUCGCGCAGGGCGGUUGUAAAACAGCGGCCAUUUGGGUCACAGCAUGCAUGGGUAUAUCAUGGUGCGGAGAUCGAUUUGUCUCUCGUGUAGAGCAAGAGGAGUUGCUUGAAAUUCUCAGAUACACCGAAAGAGUGCACGCUCGUCAUACCCUGUCUACGCAGAAACACCUCAAGGAGGCAUGGGACUGGCCUGCAGAUACU